AUGUCUGAUACUAUGAGAACUCUUUCUUAUAAAAGACUCCAACACAGUUUAGCUUUCGAGAAGUACAGAAACUCCAAAGAUUCGUUUGGCUGUUCAGAUUCAACUUUCGAGUGGACUUCUGAAGUACAGAAACUCCAAAGAUUUGUAAGUUCAGCUAUUCGGGUGAUUUCUGAAGAAUGGAAAAAACUAAGUUUCAUAAGUUCAGAAUUUGAUUCUAUUCCAGCUGACAAUAUUCCUAACAGAUUUGAGAAAUUUUGGCUCUGGAUUUCUAUUCAGUACACAGCAAAACAAUAUACUGGAGCAACAGUAGCCACUUUUAAAGUAUUAAAAACUGAAUUCUUCAUAACUACCCAACUUAAUACACUUAUUGAAUUAUCCUUUUAUUUACAUAAAUUAUUUGAAUUAACAAACGGAUUUAAGAGUUUACCUACUGAUAUUCAAGUAACUAACGCAUAUCAAAUUUUUCAUAAUACAUCAGUAAAUAAUAAUGCCAACAUGAAUAAAGGUCAAAUGAAAGAACUUAUAAAAUUAUGUCAACUCUUUGAAGCUGCCUUUGCAGUUAAUAGAUGGCCAGACAAUCGAAAAGUUGCUUUAGCCGCUAGAUUUCUUAAGGAAGCUGCACACGAUUGGUAUGAGGAUAACAAAGGAAUUAUAAACCAAUGGCAUAUAGAUUACAAUGCAAAUAACUUUGACAUCCAGUUUAUAGCAUAUUUUGCAACUGCUGCUCGAAUGAACCAGUGGACCAGAGAACUGCAAAAUAUUAAACAAAGAGAUAAUGAAUCUCCUUUCUUAGUUGGACAAGUAGUAAUUGGGAAUGCUAAUACUUUAGAGGUAACCAUUACCCGAGCCAAGUUAGUAAAAUUAAAUGUAAAUACUACUCUUUUAACUACAACACUAGCAACUACUAGUACUACAGAACCUAUUUCAACCACUACUACUACUGUUAAACCAACUCCACAAGUAGAUGAAAUGGAAGCAUUAACAAAACAAAUGCAACAACUCGCUCUUAAUUAUGCAAAUCUUUCAUCAGUUUUAAUGAUGUGGAAAUGUGAGACAUAUUUCCAGAAUUGCCAAAUGGGAAGAAAUACCAAUAAUAGAAAUGGUAACAAUAAUAAUAAUAAUCGCCCUCACCAAAGAGCACCAAUUACCCCUAUUAAUUAUGCAGAUGAUGAAGCAGAAAUUUACUAUGAUGAAUAUGAGGAUGAAUAUAAAGAAGAAUAG